GAGUGCGAAACUAGACGGAGAGAGAGUGUGAGAGAGAGGGUGAGAGGAGGACGAGAGAGAGAGAGACAUGAGACAGGGAUAGGCUGCUGGUUCCUGCAACUAGAAGGGAGUGAUUUAAUAAUUGUCUCAUCCUCUCUCCUUCAACUCGAAUCAUACAUCUCUCUUCAGGAUAAAUAUUUUUGAGAUGUCUUUUUUAUUGGCAGCUCUUGACAAACUGACUUAUUUUUUGUCUCUGAUAGCCUUUUGUGUCAGUCUGUCUUAUAGCUGGCUGAAAUGAAUGCUGACUCCUCUUAUCUGAUCUGAGUUUGGAAAAUGUAUACACUUGUUUGCAUUUUCAGCUGAUUGCAUGUGGAUUGAGACAGCUUUUUAGUUUGGGGUGCACCUUUGAUAUGCCUCAGCUCAAGAUGCUUUGGAAGCUGACCACUCAAAGUGUUACUAGUGAAAAACUGACCCCUACGACAAAAAGAGGAUGGCAAAACACAGUGUGAUGAGGGUAUGUCACAUUCUGCUGUUGGCACUUUGCAUCUAUGCCAGUGAAGACUUUGACUGGACCAAGAAUGAAAAAGGAUCAUUUUACUAUGGCACAUUUCCUUCAGGAUUCUCUUGGGGUGCAGGCAGCUCAGCAUAUCAAACAGAAGGAGCAUGGGACAGAGAUGGAAAAGGAAAGAGCAUCUGGGAUGUGUUCUCCCAUAAGAAAGGGAAAAUUCACCUGAAUGACACUGGUGACACAUCCUGUGAAGGCUACUACAAAGUCAAGGAUGAUAUCUCAUUGAUGUAUGACAUGAAGCUGAACCACUAUCUCUUUUCCAUCUCCUGGCCAAGAAUUCUGCCCAGUGGCAUUAAGACUGAGUACAUCAAUGAAAAAGGGAUAGAGUACUAUGAUAAACUGAUCAAUGUGCUUCUGGAGAACAGAAUCACACCGAUUGUGACACUCUACCACUGGGACUUACCACAGGUUCUGGAGGAAAAAUAUGGAGGAUGGCAAAAUGCAAGUAUGGUCAACUACUAUAAUGAUUUCGCCAACCUGUGCUUUGAGAGAUUUGGCAACCAAGUCAAAUACUGGAUCACCUUCAACAAUCCUUGGUCUAUUGCAGUGGAGGGUUAUGAAACUGGGGAACAUGCUCCUGGUCUGAAGCUGCGAGGUACUGGUGCCUAUAAUGCUGCCCACAACAUUAUUAAGGCUCAUGCUAAGGUCUGGCACACAUAUGAUGUUCAGUGGCGAAACAAGCAGAAAGGUAUGGUAGGCAUCUCCCUGUCGGCUGACUGGGGAGAACCUGUAGAUGUCACCAAUCAGCGAGAUAUAGAAGCAGCCGAAAGAUAUGUUCAGUUCUACCUGGGCUGGUUUGCCAUGCCACUCUUUAAUGGAGACUAUCCUCAAGUAAUGAAAGACUACAUAGGCAAGAAGAGUGCCCAGCAGGGCCUGAGUAGCUCUCGUUUGCCUACUUUCAGCCCUCAGGAGAAAAGUUUUAUCAGAGGUACCUGUGACUUCCUGGGCAUCGGCCACUUCACCACUCGCUACAUCACACAGAAGAAUUUCCCCUUCAACCGUGGAAACAGUUACUUCACUGACCGUGACCUUGCUGAGCUAGUGGACCCACGCUGGCCUGACCCUGGAUCAGAGUGGCUCUACUCUGUGCCAUGGGGCUUCCGGCGUCUGCUCAACUUUGUGAAGACACAGUAUGGAGACCCCACAAUAUACGUGACAGGAAAUGGUGUAUCGGAGAAGAUGAUGUGCACAGAUCUUUGUGAUGACUGGAGAAUGCAGUACUUCAGGGAUUAUGUCAAUGAAAUGCUCAAAGCGGUUAAAGAUGGAGUGAAUGUGAAAGGUUACACGGCUUGGUCAUUGAUGGACAAGUUUGAAUGGGACGAGGGCUACUCUGAGAGAUUUGGCCUGUACUAUGUGGACUUUGGAAGCAAAAAUAAACCACGCUACCCAAAAGCUUCAGUUCAGUACUAUAAACGCAUCAUCAGCUCUAAUGGUUUCCCUAAUCAGAAAGAGAUUGAAAGCUGGAAGAGAAAGGCAAUGGAAACAUGCACCUCAAGUAACCAGCUCCUUGCGGCAGAUCCAUUGAUCAGACACAUGGAGAUGGUCACAGAGAUUGUCGUUCCCACUGUCUGCACUCUCUGCAUUCUCCUCAGUGCAGUUUUGCUCAUGUUUCUGCUGAGAACACGAAUAUAAAACUGACUGCUUUUGGGCAAUACAAUUCCGAGUCAACAACCUACUAAUGAUAAUGAACACACUGCAUAUAAGAUCAGCAUGCAUGAGAGCUAUGAUUUCAAUAAAGUUUGAAACC